AUGGUUUACAGCCUGAAUGGCAUCCAACUACAAGAAGUGGACGCGCAGAAAGAUUUGAGAGUGUGUAUCUCUAUGCCUCCUAAGCCCUCACUGCAUUGCGCAAAAGAAGCCAAGUAUGCGAUGCCCGUACUGUAUCUUGUGAAGAGGGCUUUCUGUGUCUUCGAUAAAGACUGCUUUGCCAAGGUCUUUGGAACAUUUUUGCGGCCGAAACUGGCGUUCGCCAUCCAAGCAUUGAAACCCUGGACCGCAAAAGACCUAAAUUCCCUCGAGAAGGUCCGAAGGCGCGCGACCAAACUGGUGACCGGUCAGGGCUGA